GUCGUAAACCGUCACGUGGAGACAUCAUGGAUGCGUUUGAGUUUGCUGUAGAUUAUUAUACUUGUAUUGGUGUCUUUAGCUAGAUUGUGAACAACUCUCGAUAUUUUUAUUUGCACCACAUCUCUGCGGUAAAACGGGAAAUGCGGUCCCGAGAGUAGGCGACACAUUGGAGCUCACCUGACAGCUCAGCUCUGUCGUUUCACCACAGCAGCUCUGUGCGUGUUUGUAUGUGUGUGCGCGUGAGUACCUGCUCACAGUCUGCAUCAUGUUCGUGUUGGUGGAGAUGAUCGACACUGUCAGGAUCCCUCCGUGGAACUUCCAGAGACAACUCAACGAGGCCGUAGCCGAGGAGCUGAACAAGAAACUGGCCAACAAGGUGGUCUACAACGUUGGUUUGUGCAUCUGCUUGUACGACGUCACCAAACUGGAGGAUUCCUAUAUAUUCCCCGGGGACGGAGCCUCACACACUAAAGUUCAUUUCAGGUAUGUUGUCUUUCACCCUUUUCUCGAUGAGAUCCUGCUCGGCAAGAUCAAGUACUGCAGCCAAGAGGGAGUACACGUGACCAUGGGCUUCUUUGAUGAUAUCCUUAUUCCACCAGAGUCUCUUCAGCAGCCUGCAAAAUUUGACGAAGCGGAGCAAGUUUGGCUCUGGGAAUACGAGACUGACGAGGGCGCCCACGACCUCUACAUGGACCAAGGGGAGGAUAUCCGUUUCCGUGUGACGGAUGAAAUCUUUUUGGACACCUCGCCAACGGGCCCGGCCGCCGCGGUGACGGACACGCCGGUGCAACCGGGGCAGUCGACGGCUCCGCCGGCAGAGGCCAGCGUGGAGAAGAAGGAGCCGCCGUACACUCUGAUUGGGACCAUCUGUGACCCGGGCCUGGGGCUGCUGUCAUGGUGGAACAGUUAGCGCUGCGGCAGGAGGAACAAGGACAUUUGACGGUUAUGAACAGCUCGACUGGCGCGACUGAUCGGAGAGGCGAGGGACGGUCGGCCGGAGGCCCUGAGCCCACGAGUUUGGAUACAGAAGUGAAUGCCCGAGGCGGAGCUCUCUGAACCGAGAUGCUGUUGGUGUAAAGUGACUGACGUGCUCUGCCACAUUGAGACUGAUUGUGUUGUAAAUAAUGCCCUGAACAUACCAGCUCCGUGUCGACGUGACCAUAUAUUGCAAAAGAGCAUCAUUGGAUUGACACAUGAAAAUUACCCCUCCAUUACAUUUAUGAUGUCGUUGAUUAUUUGAGUCAUAAUGUCAUCACUACUUUAGUAUGAUAGUCAGACAUACACACUCAUGUCAGUAGGUGCUGUUGAACACUGAACAGCAGGAUGAAUAAAUGUGGAGCCUAUUAAUACUUUGAGAACUUAAGGACACUUUAGUGGUUAAAGAUGAGAGAAAUAAGGACGAGUGAUACUUUUGUUCACAGAUAUUAGAUCCAUGGGACAAUUUAUACCGCAUUCGUAUCAUCAAGCAAGGACAUUGCUAGCAUAGACAUUUUACAAAAAUGUCAAGUUUAAAAUAUUGACUUAUUUCAAAUGUUUCCACAAACAGGUUUUUGUGCUCGCUUCCUCAGUUUAUGGAACAGCCUUGUACUAUUUUGUUGCAGUUUUGUCUGCCAAUAAAAGGGCGUUAUCAUCAGCGUGA